AUGUCAGCAACCUGGAGUAAUGGCAGCGGCCCUGCUCAAACAAUGGAACCCUCAUCAGACUCUUGCGACACCGCCCUACCCCCCAUUCAGUCGCAUAACAUGUCCCUCAGCCGUCGUCGGCCUGGAUACCGACCCGACUCAACAGCGAUCAUUGGAAACUUCCGUGGGAUGCAACGACCAGGGGCACCUUUUCAUACCACGCACGAUCCGGUAUCGAAUAUGAUUUCCAGAGGUCCUGGCAUGCAUCGUCGCAGUGAGAGUACAUUGAGGACGGUCAUGCGAAAGAUAUUCCAUCGCAAGAGGCGCAGCCAGACGGAUGGAUUGGAGGAGGAUCCUGUGAUGGAAUCCUACGGUCCUCGUCCUAGUAACUCGUUACCGCGGAAAUCUGAGAGCCGCAGUCGCAAAGACGCGCAGGCUAUCUCUCUUGGAACCAAAAAUAGUCCGCUGCAAAAGGACCUUCGUCCUACAUUGAUGGAUCUGAACAAGUUAGAUCCCUUGCCGGUACACCGACGACGAAACACCCUUCCCAGUCUAGUGUUUUCCGAAGAGGAGUGUCAUGGUAUUACCCACGAAGAAGACAAUGGCCCCGAGGCAGGAAAGGAACCAGAGAACCUUCGCGUGCGCCGUGCUCUGCGCAAUAAACGACGCUCGCGGAGUACCAAUUCCCUUCGCAGAAAGGCUAACGAACACCGCAUGUCUCCGAUCCAAUGGACACGGCGCAGUACGGAAAUCACAUACUUGGGCUCGCCUGCCUUUGGAGCAGUCUCUGACAGCGAGCUCUCCUUCAGACCUCCUACGCGGAACACGGUUGCCAGUCUGUCCAAGCCGGAUGAGCCUUGUGAUGCACCCGAAGCUAAUGACGCAGAGCAACAAACGGAGGUCGAAAGUGUCCCACCAAGUGUUGGCAAUCUGGUACACACGAUGCAAAACCAUGACAACCUGACCAUCGAACAGCGCGUGACAACCCUGGAGGUUAAACUCAUGGACUUGGAAUUCGCCAUUGCACGCCUACAAGACAAACGAGGCGACUUCUCGCCAACAGCCAAAUCCGCGUCCAAAAAGUCAUCAACACCAGACGGACGACAGCCGGCACCAUUAUUCUCCCCCGCUACUGGCUCGGGCAACUCGCCUAGAAUCUCAGAAGACCGGCCCGUCAGCACCGGCACCGUCCGCCCUAAUCUCCACCGAUCCCGCACAUACCGACCACCAUCCUCCCCACCACACAUCGACGGCGCAUCCAGCAUCUCCAUCGAGCAAUACAGCGCCCUCGUCACCCUCCUUCGUAGAGAACAAUCCGCCCGCAGAAACCUCGAAGGCCAAGUUUCCAGUCUCCGCGACGACGUCCAACAACUCCAGAAGAUGGCCCGCGGCUCCAUGUCCAUGAGCAUGGGAACCAUGUACCCGAUCCAGAGCACGGACUCGGUAGAGCCCUAUCACCUUCGUCCGGUGGAUUCUCAUUCAUCCCCGCAGUCAAGCUACAUCCCACGAACGGAGAGGAUCAUCCCACAUCCGCAUUAUGACAGUGGCACCGGCACGGACCUGGAGCGGGACUCAAAGAACGAUCUUGCGCUGCGCAAGCUGGAACGUCGGAUUGAGAUUGCCGGCAUGAUAUGA